AUGGCCUUUUUGUAUCCCCAUGGGCAACCCUUCUUCCGCUGUGACCUGGACCCACGAGCAGGGAGCUUGGUCUACACGGGCAGGGACUCCUGUCUGGCUCUGAGCUGCUCCAGCACCGUGACGGGCGCCGAGGGGGGAUCCCUGAGUGUGCAGUGUCAGUAUGACGAGAAAUACAAGACGUCUAACAAAUACCGGCGCAGACAGCCGUGCCUGCCACUUUGGCAUCAGAUCGUGGAGACCGGAGGGUCGGAGGGAGAGGUGAGGAGUGGCCGAGUGUCCAUCGCAGACCAUUCUGGGGACCUCACCUUCACCGUGACCCUGGAGAACCUCACGGCAGACGACGAGGGAAAAUACCGAUGCGGGAUCGCCACGCUCCUGAGGGCCGGUGGACUCCACGGCCUCCUGCCGAGCCCUUCUUCCAGGUCCCUGCUCGGCAGCGUCCACUUCCUGCUCCUGGUCUUCCUGAAGCUGCCCCUGCUUCUGAGCAUGCCGGGUGCUGUCCUUUGGGUGCACAGGCCCCAGAGGGCUCCGUGGACACAGCCGGCCUGA